ACUUACACAUGGAAAGAAUGGCCGGAGUGAGCAAGGGACAGACCUAUGGUCAACAUCUUCCCGACCAGGUUGAGCGAAUAUCGACGCUGACCGAUUCUCAGUUAGAGCUCCUCGAGGACGUACGCGAUCUCCAUGCGCAGCGGGCUGCGCUUGAGCGUGAAUACGCUACGAAAUUGCAGCUCCUCGUAAGAAAGGCUUCCGAUAGGAAAGCAAAGAAGAUGCCAGCACUAGUCGUGGGUAGCGAGCCCACCAAGGCUUGGGACGAAAAUUCAAUUCAGCAAAGCACUCUGGAGAGGGCCUACACCCAACUCCUCACCGCCAUUAGCGACACCGCUCAGGACCACAUCAACCUCGCCGACUCCUUCAAUAGUCAGAUCAUCGAGCCGUUAAAGGCCACUGAGCGGAAACAUGAGGAUGCAAAGAAGAAGCAGAUGCUGUUUUAUCAGAAGCUCUUACAAGACAGGGAUCGCGCCUAUGCGGACCGCAUCAAGAGCAAACAGAAGUACGAUCUUGAGUGCUCUGAAGUCGAUGCCUACCGACAGAAGCAGGAACGUUCUGCAGACGACCGCCAUGCUGAGAGGGCGGCGAGGCAAUACGAGCAGCAGCAGGUUGAUAUGCUCAACAGCAAGAACGCGUACUUGAUAUCUAUCGCCGUCGCCAAUAAGGUCAAAUCGAAGUUCUAUAACGAGGAUCUGCCUACUUUGGAGGACCAAUUUCAGGACCUACAUACACGCCUGGUGACUGGCUUCGUCAGCAUCCUCAAGAACGCGCAAGCCAUUCAGCAGAAGCACCUCGAUGUCGUGCGCACCCACCUGACUGCAUUCGAGACAGCGCUGGAUGCCGUCAAUCCCGCCGCAGACCAGGACCUUUUCAUCGAACACAACAUCGUGCCCUUCUCGCCACCCUCCGAUUGGGCGUUUGAACCAUGCACUAGCCACUACGAUACUGGCGAGAUGAGUGUGGAUCCAGCUCCAAAGGUCUAUUUGCAGAACAGACUGGCGAGAUGCCGAGGCAAGCUCCAGGAACUCGAGCCCGUAUUAACCUCGAAGCGCAAAGACACGGAGCAACUCGCUAAACUGGUGGAGGCUUACACUGCCGACAACGGCUUGGGCAACGUUGACGAGGUCCUUGACAACUACCUCGACGCACAACACGGGCUCACCUUCUAUUACACCUCGGACGCUGUACUAACCACUGAGAUAGAGACCAUCUCUUCUGCGCUAGGAGGAGAUGAAGGCGCGCAAAACCCGCAUUCCUUCAAGAGCACCUCCUUCUCGAUCCCUGCGACGUGCGCUUAUUGCAAGUCCUCUAUAUGGGGUCUGAGCAAGCAAGGGAAAACUUGCAAGACGUGCGGGAUUUCUGUUCAUUCCAAGUGUGAGCUCAAGCUCCCUGCAGACUGUAGCGGCACUCGUCACGGGGGCCGUGGUCACCAGCAUUCGGACUCUUUGUCUGCGAGUCUUUCUAGAACGGCCUCCGUCAUCUCGAACAGCGACUCGAGUAUUACAUCCGGGCAAGCCACUCCAACUCCGUCUUCUUUCUCACCCUCAACCCACUCGGCGGAAGAAAGCGGGCCAGCGGCUCGGGUUCUCUUUGACUACACGCCCACCUCGCCGUUUGAGUUGGCAGUAUUCGCCGAGAGUAUAGUGCAUGUGUUGGAAGAAGAUGAUGGCUCCGGGUGGGUCAAGGUAGCCGACGACUCCGGAGGGAAGGGGCUCGUCCCUGCAUCGUACAUCGAGGUCCUUGACGGCGCUCAGACGGCUAGUCGAGCGACACCGUUCCUGAGCCACUCGCAGCCAAACGUCGAAUACGUUCGCGGCAUCUACCCCUAUAAGGCACAGGGUCCUGACGAGAUCGACGUCGAAGAGGGCGCGCUGAUCUACCUAACCGAUGGUCCGAACGGGGGGCGCAACUACGCCGAUGGAUGGUGGGAAGGGACAGACUCAAGUGGGAAGAAAGGCAUUUUCCCGAGCAACUACGUGGAAGACGUACAGUAGCAUGAUCGACGAGCACCGGCCGAGGGCCCGCGACAUUCACGACGAUAGUGCGCAGCGCGGAGGCGAUUUUCACCGUUUGUCUGGACGUGGGCGCGAUAUAGGUCGUACGAACAUCCUGGUUGCGAUGCUCCAAUGUCCUUCCUUCUGGGUUGCGCCGGUAUUUUUCGUCGAUUUCGUCGAUACGAUGCCUUACAUAAUAUAUGGUUUCACC